UGACGCACACACGUCGUUCGCCCAGUGCGCGCUGAUGGCGGACAGCAGCUACUUCACAAACGCCUCGAGUCCGGAGAGAGAAAGUCCCUUCCAGAGACGCGCGCACCGGGGCUGUAGUGCUGUCAUUUAGGCACCUGUUUCGAGAAGUAGAAGGAGGGAACUUUUAGUCCCCUUGUCUUGCGGUUUCACUUUGAACGGGGUAAUAUGUGGGACCGAGGAAUAGUGAACUGUGAUACACCGGACAGGAUUUAGACGGAACGCAACGCAACGCAACGGGACGCACGCCGCUCUGUAACUUAGUGACAUAAAUAACAAAAGCACCGAAAGAAGACGCUGCCCGACCAGAGGAUAUUAUCAUCCACCGACUGUGGAUAUCUGCUCCGCCAGCAUGAAGUUUGCGGAGCACCUGUCUGCCCAUAUUACUCCAGAAUGGAGGAAACAAUAUAUUCAGUACGAGGCUUUCAAGGAGAUGCUGUAUGCGGCCCAGGACCAGGCCCCAUCCAUAGAAGUCACAGAUGAAGACACUGUCAAACGGUACUAUGCCAAGUUUGAGGAGAAGUUCUUUCAGACAUGUGAAAAGGAGCUCUCCAAGAUCAACACAUUCUAUUCAGAGAAACUGGCUGAGGCACAGCGCCGAUUUGCAACUUUGCAGAAUGAGCUGCAGACGUCUCUGGAUGCCCAGCGGGAGAGCAAUGCUCCAGGGCUGCGCAGUCACCGCAAAACGGUGUUUCCUUUGUCCAACAAAGAGCGCAACAAACAUCGCAACAUCAAAGACCUGCAGCUGGCCUUCAGCGAGUUCUACCUCAGCCUCAUCCUCCUGCAAAACUACCAGAAUCUGAACUUCACUGGAUUCCGUAAGAUUCUGAAGAAACAUGACAAGAUUCUGGACACACAGCGUGGCGCUGAUUGGCGUGUGGCUCACGUGGAGGUGGCUCCAUUCUACACCUGCAAGAAGAUCACACAGCUCAUCUCUGAGACCGAGGCUCUGGUGACCACAGAGUUGGAAGGAGGUGACCGUCAGAAGGCCAUGAAGAGGCUGAGAGUUCCACCUCUUGGAGCAGCACAGCCUGCACCUGCCUGGACCACCUUUCGUGUGGGACUGUAUUGUGGGGUCUUCAUUGUCCUGGCUGUCGCCUUUGUUCUUAUUGGUGCUUUUUUCAUUCGUAAUCAGAACAUCUGGCCACUGGUGCGCAUCUACCGAGGCGGUUUCCUGUUGAUUCAGUUUCUCUUCCUCUUGGGGAUUAAUACUUAUGGCUGGAGGCAGGCUGGUGUCAAUCAUGUGCUGAUCUUUGAGCUGAACCCUCGAAACAAUCUUUCACAUCAACAUCUGUUUGAGAUCGCAGGGUUUUUGGGGGUGUUGUGGUGUCUCAGCAUCCUAUCCUGUCUGUUUGCGGACUACACUUGGCUCCCUAUGCAGGCAAACCCCCUCAUCCUCUACGGCUUCAUGGUGCUGUUCCUCAUCAACCCCUUCAAAACUGCCUACUACAAAUCCCGUUUCUGGCUUAUCAAACUUUUGUUGCGUGUGUUCACCGCCCCGUUCCACCGAGUGGAGUUUGCAGACUUCUGGCUGGCAGAUCAACUCAAUUCCCUGGUCAUUGUGCUCUCAGAUCUGGAGUAUCUGGUCUGUUACUACAGCAUGGAGCUGCAGUGGGGAGAUCGCAGCGGCUUACUGCCCUCCAUAUAUGGCGAUGAACGGUGUAACAGCUACUCUUAUGGAAUUCGGGCCAUCAUCCACUGUCUGCCUGCCUGGAUGCGGUUUGUUCAAUGUCUGCGACGUUACCGGGACACCAGGAGAGCCUUCCCUCACCUGGUGAACGCUGGGAAAUACUCCACCACCUUCUUCGUGGUCACGUUUGCAGCCCUUUACAGAACUCAUAAAGACCAGAAACAUGCCGAUGCUGAGGUGUUUUUCUACAUGCUGAUCCUGUCUUCAGUCGUCAGUUCACUCUACACCCUGAUCUGGGACCUAAAGAUGGACUGGGGUCUUUUUGAUCGCAAUGCAGGCGAGAAUAUCUUCUUGAGAGAGGAGAUUGUUUACCCACAUAAAGCCUACUACUACUGUGCCAUUAUAGAAGAUGUGAUCCUGCGCUUCGCCUGGACACUGCAGAUCUCUCUGACUUCCAUGACUGCCAUUCCUUCCAUCGAGGACAUCGUGGUUACCAUUUUAGCUCCUCUGGAAGUGUUUAGACGUUUUGUGUGGAACUUCUUCCGUCUUGAGAAUGAGCACUUGAAUAACUGCGGUGAGUUCCGAGCGGUGCGGGACAUCUCAGUGGCUCCUCUAAACGCUGAUGACCAGACGCUGCUGGAGCAGAUGAUGGACCAGGACGAUGGAGUCCGGAACAGGCAGGGCAAAAGGAGCUGGAAACGGAGCUACAGCCUGUCCUUACGACGACCACUGCUAUCCUCACAGUCUAAGAAGGAUACUAAGGUGCUCAUUGAGGAUACGGACGAUGAGGCCUUCAGCUGAACCCAGAUGUCGCUGUCACGCCACCUGUCUCCGCUUUCUACUGGUUCCCCCCAGAGCUGCCUCAGCACACCUGAUCCCAAACACACACAGAUACACACAUAUUCACACACUCUCUCUUUUCAACACUCACAAAAGCAUCCAAAGACAGAGUAGUU